GCGACUUUCACUUCACUUCACUUAUGCAGAAACAAACCAGCCUAGUUGAGAUGUCACCAGAUGAACUACCCAAGUGAGUCCAGCUCAAUCUGUUAAAAAAAAAAAAGCCACCUCCACAGAAAGAAUAUUUUAGAUUCCUUAGAACAUGCUUCUACAAUACCUUACCAUUCUCUGUAAUAUUCUCACACUCAGGUGUUUCUCAUGCUGGAUUAUAAACACUAGUAGCAUAGGGUCUCUAUUGGUCUGACUGGUAAUUUUCUUCCAGGAUGCCACACACUGCCUGGCACACAGCAGGUACUCAAUAAACAUGACUGGUUGAAAGGACCAGAUCCAUGGAAUGAGUCUCACCCGAUUACAAAGGGAUAAUUUCCAGCAAUGAAACUGCAUUUCCUCUCAAGCCUUGCGGCCAGUGGUGGAUAGAAGGUGAAUUAUGAUGUGUGCAGAACAUGGGACCUUGGGGAGUUCCGUAACCAAGAGGAGAAAGAAGUAACAACAGCCAGUGUAGACAAAAAUAAUUGCUUCUCCCUUCUUCCCCUUCCAAGUUCCUAGUGGAGAGCUGAGCCCAGCAUCCCAGACCUGUGUGACUGCAUAGGCAAGCUUUUGGAGACUUUAACUUCACUUUGGUACCCUAGCCUAGAGCAGCUUAAGGUGUUGGCUUUCUAGGCAGACAGGAGGCUUUUAAGUAGCAAAGCUCCCUGCACUCAACAAGCCCAACACCAUGGGGAAGGGAGACGUGGAAGCACCACCCACCUCGGCCUACCGCUCUGUCAUGGAGGAGUAUGGUUAUGAAGUGGGCAAAGUCAUUGGCAAUGGCUCCUACGGGACAGUGUAUGAGGCUUACUACACCAAGCAGAAGGUCAUGGUGGCUGUCAAGAUCAUCUCGAAGAAGAAGGCCUCUGAGGACUAUCUUAACAAGUUCCUGCCCCGUGAGAUACAGGUGAUGAAGGUCCUGCGGCACAAGUAUCUCAUCAACUUCUAUCAGGCCAUCGAGACCACAUCCCGGGUCUACAUCAUUCUGGAGCUGGCUCAGGGUGGUGACGUUCUUGAGUGGAUCCAGCGCUACGGGGCCUGCUCUGAGCCCCUUGCUGGAAAGUGGUUCUCCCAGCUGACCCUGGGCAUCGCCUACCUGCACAGCAAAGGCAUCGUGCACCGCCUUUCUGCUGCUGGUAGGGACUUAAAGUUGGAGAACCUGCUGCUGGACAAGCGGGAGAAUGUGAAGAUAUCGGACUUUGGCUUCGCCAAGAUGGUGCCUUCUAACCAGUCUGUGCGGAAUAGCCCUUCUUACCGCCAAGUGAAUUGCUUCAGCCACCUCAGCCAGACCUACUGUGGCAGCUUUGCUUAUGCCUGCCCGGAGAUCUUGCUAGGCUUGCCCUACAACCCCUUCCUGUCUGACACCUGGAGCAUGGGCGUCAUCCUCUACACUCUGGUGGUUGCCCGUUUACCCUUUGAUGACACCAAUCUCAAGAAGCUGCUGAAAGAGACUCAGAAGGAGGUCACUUUUCCACCUAACUAUGCCAUCUCCCAGGAGUGCAAGGUCCAGCUGCUCAUUGCCUGUGUGGCACAGUAGGGGGCCAGCUCAGCCAAGACCUCUCUCUCCCCUGCCCUAGAACCUGAUCCUCCAGACGCUACGCCAAGCCACCAAGCGUGCCACCAUCCUGGACAUCAUCAAGGAUCCCUGGGUGCUGAAGUUCCAGCCUGAGCAACCCACCCAUGAGAUCAGGCUACUCGAGGCCAUGUGCCAGCCCCCCAGCACCACUAAUCGUCACCAGUCCUUGGAAAUCAGUACCUGAAAGUGGCAGAGGGGGGAGGGGGGUUGAAAGAGGAGCAAAGCAGGAGGGUCUGGGGAUAAAAAUCUUUUAUACCAAAAAUAAAUAAAUCUCAUUCUGUUUAGUUUCAUUAGCUGUAGUCACAUUCUUUCCUCAGGGGACCCUUAGCAGGGACCAGUACUGAGGGUGAGAGGUGGAUUUCCGCCCAGAGCCUGUAACCAGUCAUUUUGACACCAGUUAAGUCUAGAUUGUAAUUUACAAUUAGCUCUUCUGUGGCUCUGAAGGUGGCCUGGGUGUGAAUGGGAGGAACACCUGCUUUGGAGCUGCUUCACUAUUCUGGCUGAGGACAUGCUCGCUGCUGUGUAUCUCCAGGCCUCCAAAUGUUCAAGUAGUGGGGCAGAAUUUGCUCUACCCUGGUUGCUCUGUUUGUCUAUAGUCCAAAGGGACAGCGUUGUUCAUUCUUUUAGAAACCAGUAUCAGGAGGUGGGCAAUAUUUUGGUUCCUUCCUCCUCCAUACGCCAUCUUAACUACCACUGAAACAGUCCUGGUAGUUACGGUUCCUCAUCGUUGUUCCUACACGUGGAAGUAACAGUUUCAAACCAAGCCUAUUCACUGUGUGUUCCGGAGAAAGCAAACCUAUUUGCUCCGUUAUCUAUGUAUUUCUCCUAUCUGUGAACGGGCUUAGUGAAAGGAACAUGGGUAGUAAAAUCAUGCGGCUCUCUUUGCAGUGGCACAAUUGGGUGAAAAGGGAUGAGGGAAGACUUAGGGGCGGCUCCACAUGAUUCUGGGAUAAUACUAGACAGCAGUUUCCUUACCCUCAGCACUAGGCAACCCUAGGACAAACCAGCUUGAGAGAUGGAACAAUACCUGCCCGGAGCACACCAGGUUAAGGUACUGGAAGCUCCGCUUGU